CAGCUGAUGUAAGGAGGGCUUUAUAAAUACAUUUGAUUUGAUUUGAUCUAUUGCAUGGGCAUAUAAUUGCAGUACCUUACUGAUUGUUUCCCUAGUAGACAACCAGUGAAGAGACAGAUGACUUAGUGCUGAGGUGUGACUUUUCCUGAGAGCAAAAUGGAGUCGUCUGAUCACAAUGCUCAGUUGGUGAAUGAACACAGGUCCCAGCUCAUUCAGAGGGUCACCAUGGUGAUGCCUAUAGCUGAUGAGCUGCUAGCUGAAGGCAUGAUUCAUAAAGAGAUGUACUCUAACAUCAGCGCUGCCAGAACUGAUGAGGACAAAAUGAGGGAGCUCUUUAAAGCCCUCCACUCUGGAGGAAACAAAGUGAAAUCUGCCUUUCUCUCCAUACUGAGGGAGAAUGAACCUAAUCUGGUCCAGGAUUUGGAAUUCCACAUCAAACAAGGAGAUCAACAAGCGAACAAAAGCACAGCAACCCUAAAGUACAAGGAAUUCAUCAGAGGUGAAUAUGCCACAGUGCAGGAGUACAACUCUCUCCCUGGAGAACAUGUGAAGCUAGAUGAUCGCUACACUGAGCCCCUGAUCAUCCAGAAACACCGUCAGCAGAGAGAGAGAGAGGAGGAGAUCCGCUCCAGAGGACAGAACUUUCAUCACGUCAUGGGCCAGAGGGACAGCGAGGCCUACAAGAGUAUCAAAGUGGAGAGGCUGUUUGAUCCAAACGAGCACGGUGACAUUCUGAGAAUAGUGAUACUGCAGGGCCACUCUGGAACUGGCAAGUCAUUUACCAGUCAGAAGAUCAUGUCUGACUGGGCCUUUGGAAGACUUUACGAAGACCAAUUUGACUUAGUUUUUCACCUGAGGUGCAAAGAACUGAACCAGGCCACUGGGAGAAAAAGUCUGAUGGAUCUGCUUAACUACGAUCAGAGUUCAUCAUCAAUGAUCAAGCAGGUCCUUCUCCAGUCUCCUGAGAGGGUUCUCUUCCUGGUAGACGGCUUUGAUGAGCUCAAAUUCUCACUUGAUGUACCUAAAGACUCCCUUCCCAGGGACCCGUGGACACAAUGCUCUCCCGAAGUGACACUGAGUGGCCUGAUACGGCAACAGAUCUUAACCAAGUUCUUCCUGCUUGUCACCACCAGGUCCACAGCGUUGGACAAACUGAUUGGAGUGGUCAAACAUCCAGUGAGAUACGCUGAGAUAUUGGGCUUUUCGGAGGAAGGUGUGAAGGUCUACUUUGAGAAGUUCUUCAAACAGAAGCAACACUCACAUCAAGCCUAUGACUCUGUGAGGGAAAAUGAAACCCUUUUCACCGCAUGUUUCAUUCCAGUCAUCUGCUGGAUCAUUUGCACAGUUUAUAGGGAGCAGUUUGAUGAAGGCACAGAGAUGAUACAAUCGCUGGAGACCACCACCUCCAUUUUUGUUGAAUUUGUUGCCACGCUGUUGAAGCACCACUGUCAGGAUUUGGGUCAGUCAGCUCUUACUAUCCUCCAAGGACUAGGCAAGCUGGCAGAAAAGGGAAUGGAAGAGCAGCAAGUCUUAUUUGACCAUGAUAGUGUGUCACAGACAGUGUCAGAUCCUUCCAAAGUCCCCUUCUUGUGUAAGUUUCUCCAAAAGAAAAGAGUAAGUCAGACCACUAUGUACAGCUUCAUGCACCUCAGCUUCCAGGAGUUUUUCACAGCCCUCUCAUACAUGUCACUGGGUGAUGAGGAAGCUCAGGGGAAAGUUAGAGAGCUACUUUCUAAGGUUCAACGUGGACUGCUACACUUUCACCUCCUGCCCAUUGUUCAAUUUCUCUUUGGCAUCUUAAACAAGGAAGUUGCAAAACGACUGGAGGAAAAACACAUCUCUUGUUCUCAAGGAAUCUGGACCCAGCUCAAACAUUUUAUUCUGGAAGUCAUUGAAAAAGGAAAGGAGGAUCAAAUCGUUAGACGUACAAUGCAGCUUUUCACAUUUCAUUGUCUAUAUGAGCUCCAUGCAGAUGAUUUUGUUAAAGAAGCCAUGGGAACAUACACAGACAUUAAUAUGUCAGGAAGUCCCCUGAAGAAAACAGACUGUUGGGUGUUGAUGUAUUGUCUUCAGCAUUGCAAGUCUAUCGAAUGUCUUGAACUGAGUGGGUGCAAUUUAACUGCAGAGAACAUGAAAAUCCUUCUGCCAGCGUUGCAGAAAUGUAAAGCUCUCGUGUUGCAGGUGGACGACCUGGCCGAUGAUGAUUUAGAUGGUCUGUUGACAGCGCUGGGAGAAGGAAAGAGUUUGGAGCUGGAUCUGCGUAACACCAACUUCUCUGAUGAGAAAGUACAGGACUUGCUUGUUGCUCUCACUAAACACAAAACCAGAAAAGUUCAAAUUGGAGUGAAGUCCAUCACCAGCAAUACAGCUGACAAAUUCAUGUCCCUCAUCAGUAAGGCACAUGGAGUCUUGGAUCUGAUAAAGCUUCAUAGUUGUGGGAAUGUUGCAUUGAGUGUCCAGCUACAGAAAGAUGGAGUGAGAGCUCCCCAAAUUGUUCUUUGGUUAAAAGUGCCAGAGAUGAAAAUGAUCUGUGACUCUAUCAGAACAUCUGGCUACAGUUUGACUGGAGUGAAGUUGAGAGUGUGGCGUGUGGCUGACGAGGGCCCAUUCCUCUACCCUACAAAAAAGUGUAGGUUAACGUUACACAUAGACGGGCCUCUCAGAUGCGGCGUAGGGCGUGAAGGUCAACAGUCAGCACUCAGCAGCAUUGAGAUGUCCCUAUACGGCGUUAAUGUAUUUGACUGGAGACGCAUCCAUCAGCUACGUCAAACUCUGGAGCAUAAGCCAGAGUGGGAUGAGCAUGCUGAUGAACUGAUCUCGCUGCUACACUCUCAAACCUCUCUGGAGGAAAUAGUUAUGUUGGUGAGCCGCUUGACAGAGAGGUGUGCUGUCAGUGUAAUCCGUCUGAGCCACGCCUGUUCCAACCUAAAGGACAUAAUCCUUCAAGUAAACGGUUUCUUAUUGGAGGAAGGAAUAGAAUGCUUACGUGAAUCAAAGAGGCGCCCAGACUGCCAGUUACUUCUCUUGGGGAGGAGAUGCAGGAAGCUUGCUGACCAGUGCUCUGAGGAGAAGGACAAGAGGCUCAGUUGUAAUGACAACGUUUUACUUGCUCUACAUGGAGAAUCAUUCAUAGAGAUUGUGUUAAGGCAUGGGAAGGAAAGCGGUAUUGAUGACACGUGGAAUGGGAACGAAAUCAAUAUUGAUGACAUGUGGAAUGGGAACGAAAUCAAUAUUGCUGACAUGUGGAAUGGGAACGAAAACAAUAGUGAUGGCACGUGGAAUGAGAACGAAAGCAGUAGGCCUAGAGAUUAUAUAAAGUGUAAAGGGUGUUGUGUUGUUGGAUAGUGACCAUGAUGAAGACAACAGAGAUGGUAUAAGAAAUAUAACAAGAGGACAAAGACAACAGAGAUGGUAUAAGAAAUAUAACAAGAGGACAAAGACAACAGAGAUGGUAUAAGAAAUAUAACAAGAGGACAAAGACAACAGAGAUGGUAUAAGAAAUAUAACAAGAGGACAAAGACAACAGAGAUGGUAUAAGAAAUAUAACAAGAGGACAAAGACAACAGAGAUUGU